AUGAUUUCUUGGAUUCUAAGAUUCAUAAAUAAUUGUAGACAUGGAGGAAGAAAUUAUGGCAAAACCCUGAGUGUUGAAGAAUUGGACAUUGCUGAGAAGAAAUUUGUGAAGAUCGUUCAACAAGAAGCAUUCUCUAGUGAAGAACAGUUGAAGGGACAUUUUACUUUCAGAGAUGAAGAAGGGAUUAUAAGGUUGAAAACGAAGAUUUUGAGAAGACAUGAUGAUGAAAACUUCCGGUGCCCCAUUGUACUUCCAUCCAAACAUGAAUUAAUAGAAAGAAUGAUACAAAACUACCAUUUACAACUUUUACAUGCUGGUACUCAAGUUCUUUUGACUAAUAUUCGUCAAAAAUUUUGGAUAAUAAAAGGAAGAAAAACAGUACUAGGAGUCAUAUCGAAGUGCGUUCGGUGCAAAAGACACUCGGCGAAAGCUCUUGAUACAGCUCCUUGUCCUCUCCCAGAAGAUCGAGUCAGAGAUGCUUAUGCAUUUGAGGUGACAGAUGUUGAUGUAGCAGGACCACUUUAUUUAAAAGAAAAUAGAAAAGCUUACAGUAUGCUUUUUACUUGUGGAGUUUAUCGUGCGGUUCAUUUAGAAGUAAUUGAAAGCUUAUCGACUAAUGGAUUUUUUUCUCGGAUUUAG